AUGGGGUCACCAUCUACUCCAGAAGGGACGGAGAAGAAGCCAGUGGUGGAAGUGCAUGAGGAUGUUGAGCGAAACAACGAAUCUGGCACCCUGGAGAAGGAAGGGGGUGAUUCUGAGUCCGCCUCGAGCGCGGAGCAUGAUUUCUCAGAUAUGGAUGAAAAGAAAGUCCUUAGGAAAAUGGACACUCAUCUGAUUCCUGCGCUUGCGAUUCUUUACCUGCUAUCCUUCCUCGAUAGAGGGAACAUCGGAAAUGCGAAGAUUGAAGGGUUGGAUGUUGAUUUGGGCCUGAAAGCAGGCCAGUUUAACUGGUGUUUGACGGUGUUCUUCUUUACCUAUUCAACCUUUGAGGUUCCGUCUAACAUUUUGCUGAAAAGACUCCGCCCGUCGAUCUAUCUACCAUCUAUCAUGCUCGCUUGGGGAACAGUCAUGACCUUGAUGGGAAUUGUGAAAGAUUACAAAGGGCUUUUGAUCUCGCGAAUCUUCUUAGGCGUUGCUGAGGCUGGACUAUACCCUGGUGUUGCAUAUUACAUCACUAUGUGGUAUUGCCGACAUGAGGUCCAACUUAGACAAGCUCUAUUCUUCAGUGCUGCCAGUAUAGCUGGUGCUUUCUCCGGACUAUUAGCUUUUGCUAUUGCGAAAAUGCACGGAGUGGGAGGAUAUGAAGGAUGGCGAUGGAUCUUCAUCCUGGAGGGCCUUCUUACCGUCGUUGUGGCCGUUGGUGCCUUUUUCUUUCUCGAAGACUUUCCCGAAACUGCUUCAUUCUUGACCCAGAGGGAGCGGGAAUUCGUGAUUCAUCGUCUCAAGUUCCAAGGAUCUGGUACAUCCGGGAAGAAAAUCCCCCAGACCGAGGAAUUCAAAUGGAAGUACAUAAAGGAGGCAUUUACGGAUUGGCAAGUCUAUGCAUCGUUGUUCGUUUGCGUGGGAAUCAUCUGCCCACUCUAUGGCACCUCUUUGUUCCUGCCAAGUAUCAUCAAGGAUUUAGGAUACAAGACCUCAACGGCACAGCUGCUGACCGUCCCAAUCUAUGUUACGGCCGCUACCCUUGCAGUUAUAGUCGCCUGGUACUCUGAUCGAGCCGGCAAGCGCUCGCCCUUUGUCCUCGUAUUCAUGUCGUUUAUCGGCAUAGGGUUUAUCAUCUGUAUCUCUGCAGCUGGAAGAGGCCUCCCUGGCGUGGUUUACGCAGGUGUAUUCAUCGCCAUCUGCGGGAUUUAUCCUGCUUUCCCCGGCGCUGUAACAUGGUUGGCCAAUAACCUGGCUGGGAGCUACAAGCGUUCUGCAGGCAUGGCAUUCCAAAUUGGAGUAGGCAACAUGUCUGGAGCAAUGGCAUCCAACUUCUAUCGUGCCCAAGAUGCGCCGAAAUAUACUCUUGGUCACGCUCUCGAGCUGGGGUUCCUGGUUGCAGGUCUGAUAUCGGUCAUCUUCAUGCGCAUUACCUACAAGCGCAUCAACGCUAAGCGAGAACGUGAAGGAAACCAAGGACUGACUGACGAGGAACUGACCGAGCUGGGCGAUAAGGCGCCUUCGUUCCACGGCUUGACCAAUUUCAAGGGGCCGGCCAGCGGCUUUGAUAGGGGCAACUAUGGCGGACUAUGGCUGACUAUGGUGCGCUAUGGCUGCGGCUUAAAUAAUAGUAGGCGAGCAGGGGCAGGGGUACUUCUGCCGCCGGCCGAGGACACGCCAAGCGACAAGUACCUCGCCUGCAUGUGGAGGUACAGCGAGCCAUCCUCGGACAUCGUCGACCAUCGCAGCGCAUCGAGACACAUUCUUCGGUAUGCACAUCAUGGCCUCACGAUGGCGUUUGCAUGGCCCGGAGCGCCGUCUUUCUUCAUCUUUCUUCUCUCCAUCUUCCUUUUCUUCUUCCGCUUCUUCUUCGUCUGCUUCUUCGUCUGCUUCUUCCCCUUCUCCGCACGAUGGCUUGUCGGACUAAUGAUAACCCAGCAAACAUGGGACGUCGCCAUGCGGCGGAGGUUCAAUUUCAAGUUUACUAGUGCAAAACGUCCCUUUCAGUCUCCGCAUCCUCCGCCGCCUGUAGAGGAUGAAUCGAGAUACUACAACUUCAAUGAUACCCCGGUUCCCUUCCGUCCAGACUCCCCCCUGACGGAUAAACAGGAAAUCGACCCUACGACCCUAGUUCACCUCCGACAUGCCUGUAUCUUGCUAUAUCAUAAGGUCAAAUCCCAGGGCCAGACGGUCCAGCGUCCCCGAAUCCCCCAGGCGGAUCCCGUCUACUUUCAACGCGAGUAUGAACGACGCAAACUGGCAGCUGUUCCGGCUGGUCAACGGCCUAUGGGAGAUAGAACACUCGGAGACAGCUCUUUUCACCGACAGAUGCCAUCUACCGAGCAUACCACACUAGCAAUAUCUCGUCCUGAUACCCGCCAUCGACCCUCAGUUCUCACAGACAUUCCCCCGCCUAACCUGUCACCCAACUCCGCCCUGAUAGCACCCAAAAGUGCCGGCCUUGUCACUGCGCAUUCCCCGGCAUCAGACAUGGAGAUACGCCGAACAAUAUCUGCUCCUCCGCACACAGAGACCGGCGUCAUCGUCGAGGAUACAUCUUUCCCCUACACCACCCAGAACUGCCAGGUUCCCAGCCUCCACCAGGCGUCAGAGUCGCCCACUUCGCCGUCUAGGCCGAUCCCCUUAUCGCCACCUGUUUCUGAUGCCAGGGCCGGAUCCGGGCCAGCGACAGUUGGCACUCAUCCUUCCACUGGUGGACAGCACUUUGAGGAUAGCGAUACGGAGACUCUGAUGCCCACGGACGCAGACAUCGUGCAACAUGCCGAAAGUACACCGAGAGUCCCAACCCAGGGCUCGGGGCUCGUACCUGUGGCAACGCGAGCCUCAGUCUCAGACACAGAUCCCUCGUUUCAGCGGAGUUCAUCCAGUACCACUGAUUCAACCAUAAGUACCGCUGCCACCACAUCUACCACUACGACCACUGCCACCGCCACUACGGACGUAGCCGAUAUCACACCUCCUCCUACCGCCCCUAAUUCCAAUACCAUCACCAGCACCAACACCAAUCCAAAUUCCCAUUCCAAAGCACAGUUGUCACGAGUGCAAACCUUGGUGAUGAAGUUUGCGAAACUCGGGUUCAACAAAAAGAAAACAUCGAGCAUUGACAGGCCCAACGUGGGCCUGGGCGUGGUGGUAGAGGCUGCCUGA